AUCUGAUCACCGGUAGAGUAUGAAACAAAUACAACUUCUCUUUUGUAGACUUGCAUCAAGAUGUCAACACACAAGAAGAAGACCAGGAAGUUGAGAGGACAUGUGAGCCAUGGACAUGGUCGUAUUGGCAAACAUCGUAAACAUCCUGGAGGUCGUGGUAAUGCUGGUGGUAUGCAUCAUCAUAGAAUCAACUUCGACAAAUACCAUCCUGGAUAUUUUGGAAAGUUAGGUAUGAGGAAUUACCAUUUAAGAAAAAAUACAAAAUGGUGCCCAGCUUUGAAUUUAGACAAAUUAUGGACUUUAGUUAGUGAACAAACACGAUUGAAGUACAAGGAAACUAAAGACGAUAAAGUCCCAGUUAUAGAUAUUGUUAAGGCUGGUUAUUACAAAUUAUUGGGCAAAGGACGUAUUCCAAAACAACCAGUUAUUGUAAAAGCAAAAUUCUUCUCAAAAUCAGCUGAAGAAAAAAUAAAACGUGUUGGAGGCGCUUGCGUUUUAUGUGCAUAAUUUAAUUUUGUAUUAAUAAAACUUAUAUAAAUUAAAAA